CACACCCAACGCCACUCGAAUUCCCCACCGCCCGCCGCCGCCGCCGCCGCUGCUCCGCCGUCGCGGCGCCAUGCUCCACCUCCGGAAGCGCGUCCUCUCCCAUCUCCUCUCCGCCGCGCCCCUUCCUUCCACCUCCCCUCUCCUCUCUCUCCACCGCCUCCUCUCCGCCGCCGCGCCCGCCGUCUCCCCAAACCCUAGCUUCGCCGUGGAGGAGUACCUCGUCGGCACCUGCGGCCUGACCCGUGCCCAGGCACUCAAGGCCUCCGCGAAGCUUUCCCACCUCAAGUCCCCUGCCAAGCCCGACGUCGUCCUCGCCUUCCUCGCUGGCCUCGACCUCUCCGCCGCCGAUGUGGCGGCCCUCGUCUCCAGGGACCCGCAGUUCCUCUCCGCCGGCGUGGAGACAACGCUGUCCCCCGUCGUCUCUGGGCUCACCGGCCUCGGCCUGUCAAAUGUUGAGAUUGCGCGCCUCGUCUCGCUCGCCCCCGGCCACUUCCGCAACAGAUCCUUCGUCUCCAAGCUAGAGUACUACCUGCCGCUCUACGGCUCCAUCGACAACUUGCUCCGGUCGCUCAAAUACGGCUCCGGCUUCCUCGGCUCUGACCUCGAGAGGGUGGUCAAGCCCAAUGUCAAUCUCCUAGCAGAGUGCGGGCUAGGUGCUUGUGAUAUUGCCAAGCUCUUCAUCCGUGCGCCAAGGAUCCUCAGCGCCAGCACAGACCGUGUCUUGCGGAUGGUCGCGUGCGCCGAACGUAUAGGUCUGCCCCGUGGAUCUGGGAUGUUCAGGCAAGCGCUGCAUGCUGUCUCAUACUUCAGCGAGGACAAGAUCGCUGCCAAAGUGGACUACUUGAAGAGGACACUUGGGUGGUCUGAUGCCGACGUUGGCAUUGCUGUGUCCAAGGGUCCAUUUUUGCUGGCAAGAUCAAAUGACGUGCUGAAGCGUAUGUCAGACUUCCUAAUCUCUGAGGUGGGCUUGCAGCCGGCCUACAUUGCGCAUCGCCCGGCUUUGCUCACUUACAGCCUGGAGGGCCGGCUCAGGCCCCGCUACUAUGUUGUGAGAUUUCUGAAGGAAAAUGGAUUGCUAGAGCACGGGCGGAGCUACUAUACAACACUGGUUAAGAUUGAGAAGGUUUUCAUGGAAAAGUUCAUAUGCCCUCACAAGGAAGCCGCACCACACCUCGCUGAGGACUACGCGGCUGCUUGCAAAGGGGAAGUGUCGGCUAGAUUCAGAUUUACAUGAACCAAGAAUGGGCUAUGAGAAUUGGUAAACUUUGUAAGGUGCAACAAAGUUUUCAAUUUGUUGAAAGCUGGUAAUUCCUGUUUCAGUGUACUUUGCCUAACUUGAUGUUGGUUGUCCGCUCUGUUAGAUGCUGGUAUGGUCUUUGCUAACUCUUGAUGAAACUGAUAAUUUGAAUCCUGAUAUGUUAAGGUUAAGUAUUCCUGUGUUGCUAACUUGAUGUUGGAAUACCUGAAGAAGACAUUCAGGUUGACUGGUGCUGAGGGUAAGUAUUCCUGUGUCUAAGGUUCUGAUUUUGUUGGAUAUCCAAGGAAUCGGUUCAGCGGAAGUUUGAGUCAGGCUUACGUUGCUUACCGUCCAGCAAUGUUCUAUUAUAACCUGGAGGGCCCUCUGAAAUCUUGGUUCUGCUGUAAAGUUUCUUAAGACAAUUAACAAAUUUAAAUGCUUACUGCACCACAAAUUGUUUCA